AUGAAAGCACAUGAUUCGCUCAGGAACCCUGCGGUAUGGUGCGACUUCCAUCGCGAUCAUGGGCACAAGACAGAGGAUUGCAUCGCCUUGAGAAUCGAGGUCAACGAACUACUUCAAAAGGGACAUCUCCGGGAGUUCCUAUCAGAGAAAGCCAAGGCUCACCUCAGCAAGGAGACAUCGGGGAAACCAAAAGGAGACGCACCUAGCUCUCCACCUCGUCAAGACCGGGUGAUUCACGUCAUAUCCGGAGGCUCAGAAAUAAGCGGUAUCAGCCAUGCAGCUGCUAAGAAGAGCACCCGCAAUGCUAAAUAUGGCCUGGAGACUGGUCAACCUAAACGCCUACUCCUAGGCACCGACGAGAUAAGCUUCACAGCGAAAGAGCAAGAGAGGAUCCUAGCUCCCCAUCAUGAUGCUCUAGUCGUCUCUCUCACCGUAGCAAACUGCCUGGUGAAGAGGAUAUUGAUAGACAACGGCUCCUCCAGCAACAUCAUUUUCCUGACGGCGUACCAGGACCUAGGGCUGGAGGAAAAUACCCUGACGCGCAAGGUAACCCCACUCAUCGGAUUCAGCGGCGAAGUCAAGCAAACCGCUGUAGAAAUCACUCUACCAGUAUACGCUGAGGGGAUCAACCUGUCUACCAAAUUCCUAGUCGUAGACUGCCAUUCCGCAUACAACAUGAUUCUGGGACGACCCUGGAUCCACGACAUGGGAGCUGUUCCUUCAACUCUCCACCAGAUGGUGAAAUUUCCUACACCUUGGGGCAUCCGAGCAGUCAAAGGAGAUCAGGAGAACUCUCGAUCUUGCUACCAGACUACCCUGAAGGGGAAGACGAAGGUCUUAUAG